AUGGACACUGCCGAGCCCUCGAUCGUGCCCCAAGUCCAGGAGGACUCCGUCGCGGUCAAGCCCGAGCCCCACACGCUUCCGUUGCGCGAAAAUUCACCCGCAGACGCCUCCCAACCGCCAGUUGCACCCACAAACACUGUCCACAACUACUCCACCAGAUCCAAAGAAAGACACAAGGAAGAGGAAUUGGACAAGCGUUCGAAGCUCAAACAGCAGCAGCAUAACGUGGUGAUCCAUCCGAGAUUGAAGCCAGUGCCGUUCAAAAGGCUGGACCUUGCUAUCAACAAUGGAGAGCCUCAGAAGAACAAGGCGCUUACGCUCCAAGGCAUCGAUUUCUACCAAUCCGACGACAGUCCCUUCAACAAGCGUGGCUUCAAGUACAAGCCGUGUCGUCCCAACCCCAUUUUCACGUCUAAUUUGUACUCUACCACCGACACCAAGCCCUACAAGGUAGCGGCUAGCUACUUCGACCGGUCCUCGGGCGUGUAUCUCGACGACGAGAUGUGUCUGGUGACCACCACUCAGGGCUGGAGGUCCAUACGGUCCAACAUCGGCGUGCGAGAAGGCACGUACUACUUCGAGUUCAACAUCGUCUGCGGAAACGACGAUGGCAGCAAAGCCCACGUCAGAAUCGGCUUGGGGCGUAGAGAAGCCAGUCUUGAGGCGCCUGUGGGCUUCGACGGCUACAGCUACGGGUUCCGGGACGUCAAUGGCGAGUUUAUGACCCUUAGCAGGCCCAAAGAAUCGUACAUCGAAGGAGGCUUUCACACAGGCGAUGUGAUUGGCUUCUUGGUAGAAUUGCCGUCAUUGGAGGAGCACCAGAGGUACAUCACCCAAAACUACACGCCUAUGAACGAUCUGGGAGCUUUUUCAGGCAUAAAAGAGUCGGAAUCGCCCAGAAAGAAAAGAAAAGUGAAAGCGAAAGACGUCUUGCCUGAGAACUCGGACUUCUACAAGGAUGGAAAUAUCUUGAGGGACCAGAUCCCCAUCAAGUACAAGAAUGCAUUGUUCUACGAGCAGUAUGAGUACACUAACACCAAGGUAAUGGACCACUUGCUCAACCCAGUGACCAUUUUCGGUGAGAAAGCGGUUCUUGAAGACUCCGACGGGAAGCUCUUGGCCAAUAUACCGAAGAUUCCCAAGUCCAAAAUCACUAUUUUCAAGAACGGUGUCAAGCAGCCCAAGUCGAUAGAGGAAAUCUACUCCUUUUUACCAACAGAUGUUGAAAACGAUAGCUUGCACAUGUCAUACAACACCAAACAACAGCAGAAUCCCAACUAUAGAAACACCGACGACGGCUCCUUGGGGUAUUAUCCCAUGAUGUCAGUAUUUCAGGGAGGGAUAGUUGGCCUCAAUUCUGGUCCAGACUUCAAGUAUCCUCCUUCGGUGCCUACGAAACCGUUGAACGACAGGUACGAGGAGGCAGUGAUCGACGAGUGGUAUUGGGACUUAAUUGAUGAGGUGGAGGCCAGGUACAUGGAUAGUUUUGAGGCGUGA